GACUUCUCUCUGUCCGCAGCCAGGCUCGGCUUCCACAUCUUGUCGACGGUCGAACUGCUCCUGUACGUUCGGCUGGCUCGCCGGUGGCGGCCCUUCGUGCUGUGCUUCCUGCGGGUGGAGCGGCGCCAGGGCGAGGACGCGCUCUCUCCGCGCCUCCGCCUGCAGGCCAAGGUCGUCACCGGCGUCCUCAUGUCCUUCGCACUGGGGGAGCUGCUUCUCCAGGUUACGACGUUCGCGCUGCCCAAGCAGGCCAGAGACUACCCCUCGUUCUCGGCCCUCCUCCAGGCGCACUACGAGGCUCUGUACGACAAUAUGGCACAGGCGUUGCCCUACAGCGUCCCGUCGCUGCUGCUGGCCGAGUUCACCACCGCCGCCACCAACUUCGUGCUCAACUACAACGACGUUUUCGUCAUCAUUGUGAGCAUUGCCAUCGUUCGCCGCUUCAAGAUUAUACGUGGCCAGCUCGGCAGGGCCACUACGCAGGAUGACGCGUUUGACUGGAAGCACGCCAGGGAGUCUUUCAACGACCUGAGCCAGCUGACUCGUGAGGUGGACAACACUCUGAGUUCACUGGUCCUCCUCUCCUGCCUCAACAACUUCUUUUCCAUUUGCAUCCAGCUUCAGCACACUGUGAGGUAAAUCUGCUUU